AUGGGCGGCAUGGAUAACCUGAACCAGGAGCUCCUCGACCUGAUCGGCCGCCGCGGCCGCUCCUCCAAGUCCGGCACCGCUUCAUCGGACUCGGACUCCCCCCUCCGCUUCGCCCCGCCAAGCGCCGAGGCCACCGCCCGGGAUUCACCGCGCGGCUUCCCAGCCCACGACGCCGCAGGUAUCCGAUCGCCGGAGCGGCGUCCGGGAGAUGGCGCAUCGCCGCGCAGCGAGGGGUCGGGGCGCGGGGACCCAGCAGCGCCGUCGCGGCGAUCUCAUCACGCCAGCGACGACGACGGGCCGGAGGACGGGGAGGACUUGAAUGCGCGGCUGCCGGAGGACAUGGUGGAGGGGGAGGCCGACCGGGCCAAGCUGCUGGCGAUGACGGAGUGGGAGCGGGAGGUGGAGCUGGCGGAGCGGGCGGAGAAGCGUGACAGGGAGAAGGAGCGGCGGCGGAUCCUGCACCAGCAGCAGCGGAUCCAGGACGACGGGGAGGAGGACGAGGACCAGCGCGUGCCGUCGAGGCGCAGCCGCGACCGCAAGGAUCGCAAGGACUCCGCCAUCCGGGAGCUGAUGUCCGCCAGGGAGCGCAAGGCGUCGGUAGGGCGAGCAGACGACGCGGAGGAUGACGAGGCGGAAGAGGACGAAGAGGAGGAGGAGGAAGAGGAGGACGAGGAGGAGGCGGGGGACGAAGAGGAAGAGGAGGACUCGGAGCAGGAGGAGAACCUGGCGGGCGUCAUCAGCGACUCGGACUCGGAGAACCAGCGGCGGCCCAGGAAGGGCCAGGAGGCGUUCGGCGGACGGCGGGAAAGACCGCAGGCCGGGAUGGAGGAUGAAGAUGAGGCAGUGGACCUCAAAGAGAUGCUAUCAGUGCAGAUUGUCAGGUCCCAGUUGGAGCGCUGGGUCAAUGAGCCUCACUUUGAAAGGACACUGCCACAGUGCUUUGUGCGGAUGGCAGAGGCGGAUGCCAGCAGUGGGUCGAUCCAGAGGGCCUACAGGAUAGUUGAGGUGGUCGAGGUCAUCAUGAAGGAGAAAUCUUAUAAGUUUGGACCAAGGUCUAAUUCGACAAACAAGUACCUGUUACUGAGGGAGGGCCUGAGGGAGCACACGCGCGAGAUGGGGAUGGUGUCCAACCAGCUCGCCACAGAGGAGGAUUUCCUGAGGUGGCAGGCCUGCUGUGAGAGGGAUGGAAGGCCGCCUGUGUCCAGAAGACACGUGCAGCAAGCCCGGGAGAAGAUCUCCAAGGCAACACAGUUCACGUACACGGCAGAGGAUGUCAGAAAGAUGGUGGAGGAAAAGAGGGCAAAAGGACAGGUGAUUAUGAAUCGGACAGCAGAAAAGGCAAACCUCCAGAGGAAAAGGGACUUUGCUGCUGAACAAAGUGACUGGGAGGAGGUGGAGAGGCUGAACAAGGAACUUCAAACCCUGGAGGCCCGCACGCCAGUUGACAGGUCUGCGCGGAAGCGCGGCCAUGGAAUGGCCAGUGUAAACAAACGUGCCACGAUGCACAACUUUAGGAUGGCCUUCACAAAUAAGGGUCAGGAGGACAAGGACCAGGCAGCCGAUGGGCUGGAUCCGUUCCAGAGGCGGCUCACUCGCCCCAAUCAGUACUGGAAGACGGGAAAGGGCAACUCUGCAAAGAGGAAGGAGGUGGAACCCAGCAAGGAGGAGCAGCUAAAGGAGGAGAAACCGGUGGAAAAGAAGGUGAAGCGUCAGGAUGUGGAUUUCAGGGAGGUGGUCUGCGGCUUGGACUGUCUCGACUUCGACUUGUCAUGCCUCAACAAGGCGUCGCCCUCCAACACCCUUGUGCGGAGGCUGCUGCCCAGGCACUGGACGUUCAGCGACAAGCAGAAAGAGCUUGCGGAGCAGGCGUCUGAGCGGCGCAUGCUGACGUUGUAUGACUACAGGUGCCGGCAGGGGCUUAUCAACUAA